CUCAACCAAACUUGCGGCCUCCUUGUGCAAUUGGCCGAAGCAGCGGAACUACGAAAAGUGCGAAGCAUGAGGUCGAAGAGGGAGUAGCAGAGCUGCGACGGAGAUACCGGACACUAGCCGACGUAGGCCACCAGAUUUUCCGCCGUCCGACGUCCACUCGUUCAAGGUCCUGCGUCGGCCUUCUUCCCUCUCCGACUUUCCGAGUCUGAUUUUGCCCUCUGCGGACUGCGGCUCUGCCUCCAGCUCCAAAUAGCUUUGCUGCAUUACAGAUUUUGAGUUAAUCAUCAAUAUAGGCACUACAAAUAUGGGAACUCGAAAGUUGAUGUGGAGUACAACUAAUUACCUUUUUACUGGGAGCCUCAUUGGCAUCACUCUAUCAGAUCGUUAUGCCAGUGUAGUAUCUGUUAAAGGCAUUUCUAUGUCUCCAACGUUUAAUCCUCAUGGAGAUGGCCCAUUGACUAGGGACCGUGUUUUAUUGGAGAAGUUUUGCCUUGAAAAGUACAAGUUUUCUCAAGGUGAUGUCGUGGUCUUUAGAUCUCCUUCUGAUCAUAAAGAAAAACACAUAAAGAGGAUAAUAGGGCUACCUGGUGACUGGAUCAGUACACAACAGGAUGAUUAUAAUGAUGCAGUGAGGAUACCAGAUGGGCAUUGCUGGGUCGAAGGUGACAAUGCAGCUUGGAGCUGUGACUCAAGAUCUUAUGGCCCUGUAAGUAGGUCCCAUUGGGUUUGAUUUGUGGAAGGGUCACACACGUUAUCUGGCCACCUCAAAGAUUUGGUAGUAUACAAAGGGAACUCCCUCAAAGCAUUUCACCAUGAUUGUUUUUUUUUUCUUUUUAUUACUACUAUUAUUGAUAUUGUCAUUCUAUACAGUUGUUGAUUGAAUAUACUCAAUUACUCAAAUUGAUAUUGUUGUUUUUUUGCCAUACCAAGAGAUACUCGAAUUUUGUAAUCUGCAUGAUAAUGUGGUUUUUUUUUCGUAUGAUUAUAACAAGGACUAUUUGGGUGUACAUACAUCUUUAAACUUGAAUGAUUAAGUUUAU